CCAAGGUUUCUGCAGUUAGUUUGACAUCUGAUAUGUGGACCUCCAUUAACACAGAGGCUUACCUAGCCGUCACCUGCCAUUUCAUUGACUCUAACACUGCAUUGCAUUCUGUAGUGUUAGGUGUUCAGCACUUCCCUCAAGCACAUACUGCUGUCAAUUUGUCACGAGUAACAGCAGCGCUCAUGUCAGAGUGGGGCAUUACAGACAAAGUUACAUGUUAUGUGACUGAUGGAGCAGCAAACAUGGGUGCUUUUGCUAAGGAACUUUGUUUGCGUCACAGUAAUUGUGUGGCACAUACAUUAAACCUAAUGGUCAAAAAAGCUCUUGAUCAACACACGACGCUGUCUGACAUCCGGACUACCUGUAGGAGGAUAGUGGGAUAUUUCAAGAGCAGUACAACUGCUAAGGUUUGUUCCAUUAUUUCAUUACUGCUUUAAGGUGCUGCUGCAGUAACACAGCUUGAAUUAAUCAGUUUGUGUUGGCUGUUUUUCUAGGAGAGGCUGACAGAGGUGCAGGAGCAAAUGGGCCGGCCUGCACUGAAGUUAAUUCAAGAGGUGGAUACACGUUGGAACAGCACAUUCCAAAUGCUUCAACGUGUUCAUGAACUCAGGGAACCUAUUGGAGCAUCGUUAGCUGGCCUGCACACUGAUAUUUGCCCACUAUCCUCUGAACAGUAUGACCUUAUGGCAGAAUGUCUUAAAAUACUCUCCCCAUUUAAUGAUGCCACCACUGAGCUGUCAGAGGAAAAGCGAGUGUCUGGAUCCAAAGUAAUUCCACUUCUAACAAUGUUGCACCAUGCACUACAUGAAGAGGAAAUGGGAGUUGUCCUAACUCCAGAGAGCUCCACCAUGGUUGAGUGUCUAAGGAGACAAUUAAAGGAGAAGCUCUACACAUUGCAGUCAAUGAGCAUCAUGUCACUGGCAACAUUGCUGGAUCCAAGGUUAAAAAAAAUAGGCUUCUUUAGCCCAAAUAAAGCAAUGGAUGCUGAGAAGAGACUUAUUUUUGAAUGUACUGCUAUUUUGCGGCACGUGGCCUUCUCAUCAGCAGCCUCAUCAGCAGCAGCCUCAUCAUCAAAAGCUUCUCAGCCUGUGACUCAAGGUAGCAAACUGUGGCAUCGUUUUGACACCACUGUUCUGGAGACAAAGACCCCAAAUGCUACUGCUGAUGCAACAGCUGAAGUACAGAAAUACCUCCAUGAACCAAAUAUCGGCAGACUGGAGAAUCCGCUGGAGUACUGGGCUGGACACAAAUUUCUUUAUCCAAACUUGUAUAAACUUGCUAUGGUUUUUCUUGCAACCCCUGCUUCAUCUGUGCCCUUGUCAUGA